UAAAAAACAUAGACCGAUUUGAAAUCAAGUUACAGAAAUCCUUUUUCUCCGAUAAAACCCGAAACACAACCACUUCGUGCACUCAAAACCCGAAGACUCUUCCAUGUCCUUCCCUGUCUCUCACAAUCCCCAAGUUUUGCUGCGGCCGUCAAGGAAAACAACUCUCUUACCCUUAAAAUGCAGUGAAAAAACUUACUUGUUGAACAAAAAAGAAGAAACCCAGAAGUGGAAUGGACUGAAAAUCUUUAGAGGAAAGAAACUUCUAAAAGAUCUCAGUACUUGGGGUAUUGGUGGGCCCUGUAAUUACUUUGUCGAAGCUUUUGAUCAAACCCAACUUCUCUCUGCCAUCAGGUAUUGUCAUGAGCAUUCCAUAAGAUAUAUUAUCAUUGGUAGAGGAUCGAAUUGUCUCUUUGAUGAUAUGGGUUUCGAGGGUUGUGUGAUUCUGAACCGAAUCAACUUCUUGGAGAGGAAAGAACCUGGAAUAUACAGAGCUGGAAGUGGUUUCCGAUUUAAUAGUUUGGGGAUGCAAUGUUCCAAUGAAGGAUUCACAGGUCUUGAGUUUGCAGGAGGAAUUCCUGGGACAGUGGGUGGGGCUACUUAUAUGAAUGCUGGAGCGAACGGGCAGGAAUCUGCUGAUGCCAUUGACAGUGUCGAUAUUGUUACAGUUGAAGGAGAGCUCCGGACACUUGACAGAAAUGAUCUCAAGUUUGGCUAUCGAUCAUCAUCAUUUCAAGAUAUGGAAGAUUUAGCAGCCAUUGUUGCAGUCACAUUUAGACUGAAAAAGUUGGGAUCAGCUACGAGAAAGCAACAAGAAUAUUUGGAGAGUAGGAGGAUGACUCAACCUCUGAGAGACCGAACAGCUGGUUCAGUGUUUCGGAAUCCCUCUGAUAUAGGAGUUGCAGCAGCUGAAUUGAUAGAGAAAGCUGGGUUAAAAGGUUUUAGGUUGGGGGGAGCAAUGGUUUCCAAAAUUCAUGCCAACUUCUUCAUAAAUGUCAGCAGCUCAACUUCUCGAGACAUGCUUAAUCUCAUCGAUUUGGUUAAGGACAAGAUUGAUCAGAAGUUUGGGGUUAGACUUAAGGAAGAAGUAGUGUAUUAUCAGCCAUACUGUAACCAUUUGAAUACAAGCGGGGACAAAGUAACAUGUGAUGAAACAUUUAAUGCAAAUAAAAUGAAAUAAUGUUGGUAAAGGAACAACAAAGAUGUAAGAUUCCGAUGAUGGUUGAAGAAAAUAUUUCUUUUGAAAUCAUAAGAUCUUUCAUUUCUCUAAUUUAAGAAUCCAUCAAUGUUAUUGUUUCUGCAUGAGUUGU